UGGGAGCUUUAAAUUGCGCUAUAGAACAGCGUCCGGUACAGUGUGCGCCCUGUGCGGUGAUAGAGCGGCUCACGGCGGAUCAUGGUGCGCACAAAGGCAGACAGCGCGGGCCCCUCCACCGGCAGCUACAGGAAAGCUGUUGCUGCUAGGGCACCAAGGAAAUCAUUUGGGGCCACAACUAGUUCCUCAAGUAAUGUGACCUCUCCUUCUGGGAAAAAAUCUGAAGGCAAAUAUGCAGGGGGAAAUCCUGUAUGUGUUCGACCUACACCAAAAUGGCAAAAAGGUAUAGGAGACUUCUUUGGGUCUCCAUCUACAAGCCUUCCUGAGAAGGAAAACCGUAUACCAUCUGAUGAUGAAGAGGAAGCUGGUGGCAGUGGAAUUGGGAAAGCACCAAGGAAAUCUCGCCGUUUGCCUGAAGACGAUGGUUCAGAUGAAGAGUGAAACAAGAUUUGACUUAAUGUAAAUUUGUAAAUAAAACGUGCUUUUUUGUACAGAUGUUUCCAGUGUAUUUACACAAUGCGUCAAUAUUAGUCGCAUUUUAGCUGUUAGUCUUCUUUUUAAUGUGCCUUUAAAUGCUUCUGAUAACAUUAAAUGGGCUUCUCCUGUCUAUAGAUAUUGAUGACCUAUCCUUAGCAUAGGUCAUAAAUAUCUGGGGGUCCAAAAUCACCCCCACUGAUCAGCUAUUUGCAGCAGCUGGAGCUGACACAUGGUGCUGGAAGCAUAGCUAUGGGUGUAGGUGUUGGGGGGGAGGGGUUCCCCCCCCCACUGUUUUGAUAUUGAUGCCUAUUCUAAUGUCAUCAAGUUCUAUAAGCUGGGAACCUCUGUAAAUGUUACACAUUUUGCGGUCUUAUAUAAGACUAGUGGAAUUCAACAGUUUUUUAACUUUGUCUGGAGUGUCAACUUGGAGGGCCUAUAUUACUAAGCCAUGGUAUAUUUUUCAGAGCUGUAAAACCAGUCUAAUAAAAUAAUUAUCAAAGAC